UUAGUGUGAAAUAUGUACAAAGUUCAUGGCUUGAAAAUAAUGAAGGGGAUGAUUUCACUUGUUCUGUUAUGUGCCACAGAAAUGUAAAUUAUCAUCCUCUGAAUUUCCAAUUGGAGAAAGACUAAGCAAUUUCUAAUGUAAAGAGUCCGAUUUCACUUCAAAUAGAAAGUGGACCAUUUCUGAUGAUAGAAUAAAGAGUAAGAAAAUAGGAGUAGCUGCCGUCUGAGUUGCCCCAGAGACCCAGACGCCGACGUCCCGAGGGACCAAUGAGAACUCCGCUGCUGCCUCAGGCGCCGGUGGUGCUGUGGCUCUUGAUCCUCGGCUCAGGCCAUCAUGCUGUUGGAUUGGAUCUCAAUGACACUGACUCUGGGAAAGGGGAACCAUUGUCCAAGAACCACAGUACUAGUGGACCUGAGGUUGCUUCAAGAAAUGAGACGACCCCAGGAAUUGAGAUUUCCCCUGUGACUGAAACGCCUUCUAGUACUGAAGUGUCCUCAGGAACUGACUAUGACUAUUUAGAAUAUGAUGCUGAACUACAAAUAUCUGGCUACAUCGUGGAUGAUUCAGUCAGAGUUGAACAGGUAAUUAAGCCCAAGAAAAACAAAACAGAAAGUGAAAAGACUUCAGAUAAACCCAAAAGAAAGAAAAAGGGAGGGAAAGGUGGAAAAAAUAGAAGAAACAAAAAGAAGAAAAAUCCAUGUGAUGCAGAAUUUCAAAAUUUCUGCAUUCAUGGAGAAUGCAAAUAUAUAGAGAAUCUGGAGGCAGUAACAUGCAAAUGUCAUCAUGAUUAUUUUGGUGAACGAUGUGGAGAAAAAUCCAUGAAGACUCACAGCAUGGGUGACAGAGAUUUCUCAAAAGUUGCAUUAGCAGCUAUAGCUGCCUUUGUCUCUGCUACAAGCUUCACUGCUGUUGCUGUUGUUAUUACAGUCCAGCUUCGAAAAAGAUACUUCAGAGAAUUUGAAGAAGAAGCAGAAGAACAAAAGAAACUUCAACAAGAAAAUGGACAUGCACAUUCUAUAGCAUAAUUGAAGAUAAUACAGGGUAUCAGGUCAGAGUCACUUCGAAGUCACAACUGUAAAUGAUGAAUCGGUCCUCCUUUCAGUGAAGAAAAUGGAACCUUUUUGUUCUGAUGGUUUUAAACUUUCAAUUGUCACUUUUUUAUGCUAAAUAAUUUCUGUACAUAAAGAGAUGCAUGGAGAUAAAAAGUAUUUUUUCAA